GCGCUUAGGGAGCCCGGCGGUCAGCGCCUGGGGCGGGCGGUCUGGCGCUCACGACCGGCGUGGAGUGCAGAUUGUCACCCUUGGCAAUGGCCGCAAAAGGAAGGUGUCGUUUUGCCGAGGAAAUAGAGGUCGGGGGAGUUUUGCAGGUUUGUGCAAGCUGGAGGGCCGGUGCGGGCAGGAGGGAGCCUGCGGGUGCCUCCUCCCGGCCCCCAGACAGCGCCGAGCCGGUCUUUCCCACGGCCUGGCGAAAACUGACAAGUUGCAGUAAAGCUCUUUGCAGCCGAUUCUCUUUUUAGUCGUUUUUAUUGUAGUUUACUUUGAAACUAGGUUAAGUGUCCUCUGGUUCUUCCAGUCGCCUCUGCCCACUCCGUUUCUUUCCUUUUUUUUUUUUUUUUUUUCAGAAAAAGGCUAAGGAAGUUAGUUUCAUUAUAUGUGGACGUGAUAGAUGGAUAUAGAUAUAAAAUUGUAGUUUAAUUCUCUUAGAGUAUAACUAUUGCCUUACAGAGCUAUACUUACUCUUCAUUUGGUCGUGUCUAAAAGAUACUUGGAAGAAAAAUACUACCGAGAUUUACCGUUCCUUUCCAAUGCAAUAUUUAGGAAUCUGAAUUCAGCCUCUUAUUUUUAUGACCUUACUACAAAAGCUCUUUAAAAUCCAACAGAAAUAAAUCAAACCAUGAAGAAAGUUAUUUUCAUUUUUAAAGUAUUUGAAUGCCUUAUGAUUUUUAAAAAAUCUGCUCCGGCAACAUGUCAUUUUCUAUGAAAGAGAAACUGAGUUUGUGUUUUCCUAGUCUCCAGAUUUGUGACACCCUCCUAUUUCUAAGUGCUUGACUAGAGCCAGCAUGUUACCGACUAUAUAUAAACAUCUACACUUCAGACUAAAUAUAGUGUUGAAUAUUUUAGACUCCACAGUGUCUUGCCUCAAGCCGAAAAUACUCUGUGUGUGCAUGGGUUUAAUAUAUCGUAGAACUUGAAUUUUUAGUCUGCUACUAUUGCAGAAUCGGUUUGAACUUAAUUUCUCACACAAAACACAUAGGUCUGCAAUGUUGAGUGCUGGAUUCAGGUUGUGCUUGGGAGGACAUGGCACCAGAAAAGACAGUCAGAAGAAGACACUGACCUCAGUCACUGUCUUCUCUUUCCAUUCAUCAGAUGCUUCCCUUUUUCAUGAAAAUAUACUUUUCCAUAAAGGCAAUAUAUUGGGAUACCCUCUGUUUUUAGUUUAGACAUAUGUUUGUCUCAAGUAACAUAAAGCCAUUUUUUCAAAUCACUUUCAUUAGGACCUCAUUCUUUAAUUUUUUUAAAUUUUGCUUCAUGUAACGUACAUAUGACACAAACAUGUUUAUUAGAAUACUGUCAAUGACUUUAGAAACAAAAUGCUUAGCUCUCCUCAACGUUAGGAGAAGGAUAGGUGCCAUUUUAAAUCGGGAGGACACCUCAGUUCAUUCCCAAAACACGCAGAGAGGGCAGUUGGGAUACCACCAAGUUCUGAAUCCAAUCUUCACAGCAUGGGCUCUGUAGUUAAAAUUGUAGGAUAGCUAGCAGGGUCCUAAAUUGGAAGUAACAAUCCCAAAGUGCAUAGAAAUGAUUUUUGUAUUAGCUGUGUGACUAUUCAGUUAAGUUCUCACAAUUGCUCUUCAUAUGUUGUCUUUCAAAGCUAAUUGGCCAUUAUUCUGUAGCCCAACUAAGAAUUCCAUUAUAUCAGUUUUAUAAGUGGAACCACACAUAUUAACAAGAAAAUGAAGCACAGCUUGUAUUUUGGAGGGAGGAAGAGGUUUACAUGAGGAAUACACCCGACCAAAUUUAGAUCGUAUCUUUGAAUAGCUUUAUUUUCAUUUAGGAUUUUUUUAUUACAGUGUUUUCCUAUAUCAAAGAUAAAAUCUACAGUAUAAUUAAUAUAAAGGCCUAUCAAAUGACCAUUCUGUACCUCAAAAAAAGGUUGCAGCUUCUUAAAUGGUCUUUCCAGAGGCCAUGCAUAUUGCCAAAAAAAUGGCUCAGUGCUUGAAUUGUUUUAAAUUUUUUUGUUAUAUUGGAAGGCCAUCUAACCAAAUUUAAUUUGAGUCUUUAGAUAGCUUUAUUUUCAUUUAAACAUAUCUCAUGCAUUGAACAUAUGAAGUCACAAAUUUACAUGUUCUAUUUUAAACUUUUAAAACGCAGGAUGAAGACACUGUUUGAAGAGAUCAAAGCAUCAAUUAAAAAUAACUAUAACCAAGAUCGCUCGUUCUGGAGGCCUGUUCUUCCUUGGGGAGGUGUUUUUACUAUCAAAGCUGGCCGCAAAGCAGUGUCCUGUACACCACUCUAUGUUGAAAUAAGACUGAAAAAUACCUGCACCAUAGAUGGAUUCUUGAUGUUAUUAUAUGUCAUUCUUAAUGAAAACGAAAAUUUCCCCAGGGAACUGGCUCUUCAUUUAGGUCGAGAGUUUGUAGACUGUUUUCUUUAUUUAAUGGACACCUACAGUUUUACAACUGUGAAGCUACUUUGGAUUUGGGACAAGAUGGAAAAACAGCAAUACAAAUCUGAAGUUCACAAAGUUUCAUUGAUAAUUGAUUUGUUUGGGAAUGAGCAUGAUAAUUUUACAAAAAAUCUCGAAAAUCUCAUGUCUACCAUACAAGAGAGUUACUGUUCCAACUGGCGAUGCCCAACUCGAGUGCAGGAAGAUCAGCAGCGCACAAUUAAUAUAAAUCCUCCCCAAGAAAUCCCACAUGGAAACUUGAUACGACUGGCUGUGGAUGAGUUAUUCUGUUCCAGGAUUGAACUGUGUGAAGAGCGUGGGUGUGGUGGCUUGAGAGAAUUUUCCCAGCGAGUUUUCUGCCACGGGGCACCCCCUUUUGUUGUCUUAAAUAUGCAGCAUUGGAGAUCUGAAGAUCUGGCAUAUGUACCCUAUUACUUGGAUUUAUCUGAUCACAAGUAUUUGUUGGAAGGUGCCACGUUAUUUAACAAAGAGGAACAUCAUUACUCUGCAGCUUUCCAGAUUGAUGGACAUUGGAUGCACUAUGAUGGCCUCAGAAAUGUGAAUUUAAUUUUGUUAAAUAAACCCCCAGAGUUUCUCCUCUUGUCAUCAUUGGUUUAUAUUCGAGCAACAGAGAAAUAAAUCUAGACUGAUGCUAAAUUACAUUGUUUUCCCUCCUGCCCAUGCUCCCCAGAUGAAGGGCUUUUAUUUUGUAUAUACUUGGUAUCCAAGGAAAUGGUUCAACUACACUAGUUUCAGAGGUGUAUUUUCCAGUGUUUACCCCAGGUAAAUGUUUUAUAUAGAGAAUCUAUGCAAAAUGUUUGUAUUUCUUUUUUCUAUAUCCUGGGUUAUUUUUAUACAAGCAUAUUUUAUGUUGAAAUAAAAUAUAUCUUGUAGCUUUUGUAUUUUUUAUUUAUAUGUACCUGGAAGGUUUUUUUACAAUUCUGUCUUUGAAUCCAAAAAAAUACUUUGUCAUUCGAAUUCUCAAGUUUUCUUUUUGGAUAUCCAAAUAAAGCAGGGGUACCAGUGAGUAUUUCAGUUUAUGUAAAUUUAACAGUUCCAAAGGUAUCUGACUAUAUUUCUUUGCCCUACCUCACUAUAAUCCAUAGUGCACUGUUGGAUCUAGUAUGGAUUUGAAUGUACAGCUUAUAAAUGGCUUAGUCUAUUUUAUCUGUUGAUUUGCGUAAUUUCCUUGUAGCAGUUUUUAAAAAUACUUUGGUGAGAAUGUUUUUCUGAUCUUGAAUUAUUUCUUUAUAAAGGCAAAUUACUUUAACCACUUGCUAAAGUUUUAUAAACCUGCCAGUGGAUUUUAAAUAUUAUAUAAGCUCCCAAGCUUAAUUAAAGUUAUUAUUACAAAUAAAUUAUAUAACUAAUCUAAAUACUUCUCUUAUAAUUAAAAGUAAUGAAAAUUCUCUAAUAAAAAUUUGUUUUCAGGUAAGACAACUAUAAAAAACAUUUGAGACAACAGGACGUUUACUAAUGUUGGAUUAACAAUAGAAAUCUACUUUAAAUAUAUAUUUAAAAGAAAAUGGGUGCCUGGGAAUAUUUCUUUUCCUAGAAGUCAUAUUGGCGCAGAGAAAAAAAUACUUAAAUUUUUGGAGUAACAUCUGCUGGCUCCCUUUUAAGUAGUAAAUUGAUAGCAUGAGUUGAUUUGCAAUAUAAAUCACUAGAAUUUUAUAGUUCUCACAAUACUUCUUUUCAAAAACCCGAAGGUCUCUCUCCCUUUUGCAAUUUAAAGGAAAAAAUUAGGUCAUAUUCUCAAGGGAAACUACUUUUUGAAAUUGAUCACCAUUUAUUUAGUGUUUGCAUUUCAGUAAACAGUCCACCUUAGGUUUGGGGUUGAGAUUGAGUGCAAUAUAUUUGGAGAUUUCUGCAUAACACAGUUCACUGCCAUAUACCACAUUGCUAAGGUUUAAUUUUAAAAAUUGAGUCUUAUACUGGCCUGUGCCAUGUUGAGAUAACUUACUGAAGAAUGGAUAAAUGUCAGUGCAACGAUGCUGGAAAUGCCUCACUUUGAGCAAAUACUAUGAAAAUUCCUUUUUUAUAUAUGACAAAAAAUAGUGAUUUAUUUUACAAAAAAAUUCACCCCAGGAUUUAUUUAAAUAGUUCCCCGUGUAUUUAAAUAGGAUUGAUUUACAGUAAAUUUUUCUGGGGACACCUUAUUAUAUGACUCAAAGUUUACAAAAAUACAAAUAUUAGCAUAUACAUAAAUGGUAUUAACAAAAAUAUUUCUAAUGCAGAUUUAUUCUUUUAGGAAUUGCACUUUAUUUGGAAUAAUACUGGUUUAUCACGAAACAAGAACUUACCUACCUCACAGGGUUGUUGUGAGGAUUACGAUGUUUGUUAAAACCUUGACUACCUUGAACAUGCUAAUAAAAAACUUAUUUUUUCUACCUCUUUCAUGUAUAGGCAAGUCUCCCAGAUUCUCUCUUACUAAUAAAC